CACAGAAACGGUCUAUUCAUAAAUGAGGAUUAUGCCUUUGGCAGGAGUCUCAUACACUUGAUCACCAUUUGAUUUUUAGUGGUUUCCAAAACCAUUCCACUUACAAAAUGUUAAGCACUUCAAACUAAUCGGAGCAGUUUUGAUAUUCUUCAAAAGAAGAAGCCAUGGGAAAAAAACAAAAUAAGCCAAAAAACAACAAAACCUUUCCAUAUAUAAAUACUUCCAAGGAGCUUCUUUGAGAUCAAACAAUCAAAACCAUUUGAACAUUGUUGUCUCCUACUGAGAAAGACACAGAAAGAAAAUGGGGAUGGUAACCACUGUCAAGUCUGAAAUGAGGCCAUUGAAGCAUCAUUUGUGUUCCAUGGAAGCUCAUCCUCCUGUGGCUGUUAAGUCUGUCAAGCGUCAUAAAAGAGAGUCGUGUGCAUUUGUUAUUGGAGAACAGGCACAGCCUCAACCUCAGCCUCAGCCGGGCCAAGUUUUUCCGUCUACUACAACUACUGGUUUGAAGAAAAGUUCAAGAUUCCGCGGAGUCAGCAGGCAUAGGUGGACUGGAAGAUUUGAAGCUCAUCUAUGGGAUAAAGGGUCCUGGAAUGCAACACAGAGGAAGAAGGGAAAGCAAGUUUAUCUCGGAGCUUAUAAUGUUGAAGAAACUGCGGCAAGGGCAUAUGAUUUGGCAGCAAUCAAGUAUUGGGGCCCUACAACCUUCACAAAUUUCCCGGUAUCGGAUUAUGAGACAGAGAUGGAAAUAAUGCAGAAUGUAACAAAAGAGGAGUACUUGGCAUCUUUGAGAAGGAGAAGCAGUGGUUUCUCAAGAGGUGUAUCCAAGUACAGAGGAGUUGCAAGGCACCAUCACAAUGGUAGAUGGGAGGCUAGGAUAGGGAGAGUGUUUGGAAAUAAAUAUCUCUACCUUGGCACUUACAGUACCCAAGAGGAGGCUGCACAUGCCUAUGACAUUGCAGCGAUUGAAUACAGAGGGAUAAAUGCAGUAACCAAUUUCGACUUGAGCACAUAUAUUAGAUGGCUAAGGCCGGGACUCAACUCACUUGCCCCUCAAGACCACCCAACACAACAAAUGGAGACUCAACCUAUAAACCCUUCUUCCACCUGCAUUUUGGGCAACCAACCCGGGUUCACCUUCCACUUCAAUCCUUACACCGCCAGAGACUUAGGCACGGGCACUGGCACGACCAUGACACCUCAAAAAUUCGAGAUUCUAGAAACAAAGAUGCCGGUUAGUCCUUGUAACAAGUCAUCUACUUCCCCAACCGCGCUUGGCCUCCUCUUUAGGUCCUCUAUGUUUAGAGAAAUGGUGGAGAAAAAUUCAAGUGUCACGGACUAUGACACCGAUAAGAAUGAGAAGAAGCAGUCAGAGGCUGGUGCCAUUGAUGAGUUUGGAGGGAGAUUUUACAACAAUAUGGGGAGUGUUGAAUAUGGAAGCUCUUCCAGUACAUUGACUGGCUUUCAAGAGGAGAACACAUUGCCAUUGUAUACCAAAACUGGGCAUUCUCUUUGGAAUGGUGCCUUGAAAUUUGCUUUCUGACUAGCAAUUGUAACGGAUUGGUAGCUUUUUAUUUCUUUUUUUUUUUAAAACGAAAUUGUAGUGAUUGGUUUACUGAAAAAAAAAAUGGUUGAAUGGAAUG